UCUAACAACCAGUGAGGGUUGGCAUAUAGAUGCACAGAGACUGGCUUACUGCUCCACUCAGGAGCUCUUUAUGACAAAAAUCUGAUUUAAGAAGGAAUUUGUGCAUUUUACUCACAGCUACAUGCUGAGGCCUUUAUGUGUUGUUUCAUUUAGCUUUAGAGAGACAGCUUCUGUUUGAGUGCUUUUUGGUCUGUAUUUUUUUUUUGACAUUUCUUCCUUUAGGUAGAUUAGUUAGUUCUCCGUUGUUUAGAAGCUGCUUUUUGACUUUGUACGAUCAUGUGGGAGUUCAGGUCUGUGUCUUUCUGGCGAGCGGUCUUCGCAGAGUUCUAUGGCACCAUGUUCUUUGUAUUCUUUGGGCUGGGAGCGGCCCUCCGCUGGACCACAGGCCCCCACAAUGUUCUUCAUGUUGCCUUUUGCUUUGGACUGGCAGCUGCCACCUUCAUCCAGUCCAUCGGUCACAUCAGCGGGGGACACAUCAACCCAGCUGUCACCUUCGCUUACCUGAUCGGAUCCCAGAUGUCCAUGUUCCGGGCUUUCUUCUACAUCAUAGCCCAGUGUCUCGGAGCGCUCGCCGGUGCUGCUGUGCUGUACGGAGUCACGCCCAACAAUAUGAGGGGGAACUUGGCACUGAAUACGCUGCAGCCAGGCAUCAGCCUUGGCAUGGCCACCACGAUCGAGAUCUUCCUCACCCUCCAGCUUGUCGUCUGCGUCUUUGCUGUGACAGAUGAGAGGCGCAACGGACGCCUGGGCUCUGCUGCUCUUGCCAUCGGCUUCUCCGUGCUCAUUGGGCAUCUGUUUGGGAUGUACUACACAGGAGCAGGAAUGAAUCCAGCAAGGUCCUUCGCCCCUGCUGUCCUUGUCAGGAACUUCGUCAACCACUGGGUGUACUGGGUGGGACCCAUGAUCGGCGGUGCCAUAGGCGCUCUGCUCUAUGACUUCCUGCUGUUCCCACGCAUGCGUGGUCUCUCCGAGAGGCUGGCCACGCUGAAGGGCACCCGGCCCCCAGAGGCCGAGGCCCAGCAGGAGACCAGGGGAGAGGCCAUUGAGCUUAAGACACAGGCCCUAUAAAUCUGGAGAUUUGCUUUCUGACAACCCCAACAUCUCUCACACCCCUUCCACCUGUAGCGCCACAUUCUGCACCCUUGGUUCCUGGCCAUCCGCAGCCCACACACUGUUUUUGCACGCAUGCCUCCUCCUGUUCCUCAACAAUUGCAAAGAGUGAUCAAAAGCCCCCUUGUCAUCCUUGUUGUGCUCCCUACAGGACCUAUAGAAAGGGCAUGCACUGCCCCGAUUAACUUACUUAAUCUCACCUACACCCAUUUUUCCUUAUCCUGUUCCCAAAGUUGGAGGGUUGGAAGAGGACUUGCCGCUAAAGGAAGCGCCCCAUGCCCUGUAGCAGGGUGAAUCAAUUACUCCUUGCUGACCAGACAGCUAUAACUGCCAGGGAUAGUGGUGCUAUUUCCAUCUUUACUUCCCUUUCUGUUUAUUUUCCCUGCCUUUCAUUUCGCUAGGAGUGAAGCUACAGUAGAACAAAGGACCUCCGCCUGCAUUUCCAAUUUUGAUUGAGCGUGAUCUCGCUCCGUGUUUUGUUUCACAAACUUUGGCCAAGACAUGUAUUGGUAUUGUUUUUGCCUUUUCUUUCUUUUAGCUGUAUGUGUGUGUAUAUGCAAGCCUGUGUGAUAAGAGUGAUGGUGAGAAAGACGAAUUGAGUGCGCCUGCUUGUCUGUGUAUGUGUAUGCUUGUUUUACGAAAUAUUUUCCCUGAAAUGUCAUUACUAAAAUUGUUUGUAUAAUGAGUUAUAUAAUGUCACAUUACAUUAGAGAUGUGUCACCAUUUUUUUUUUUGCCCUAAAUGGAAAACUAUAAUUUACUGUAAAAUUCCAAGAAAUUUAAAUGUUUAGGGAAAUUGUAUCUUUCUCCUAAGGGGAUAAAUCUGGAUUUCAAUCACGGCUUAAAGCCCCUUUCAACCAUUUGGACAUUUGUGUCUCAUGUAGUAAAGCCCCUAUAUAAUGCUAUUUAUUUUUAAAAUAAAGAUCCACAAUUAAAAUAUAAAUUUUUUCUUUCAGGCAGAUUUUUUUAAGUGCCAAUAUUAAAUUUUAUUAUUUUACCCAGAACCGUAGCAUAUUACUUUAUAAGUAAAUCAUUUGUUCGCAACAUCCACAUUUGGAUCAUAUGCAGUAAUUGUGUUGGUUUAUGCUUUCUUUGACUUUCUGACAAAAUUUUGUACCCAGAGCUUUAGAGCAGAGCUGACCAAAGACCCACGUACAGGCGUAUUUGAGUUAUUACAUUGUAUUUAUUUAGUCCUACCAAGGAAAAACAAGGAGAGCAAACUCGGCUCGCUGUCCUGAAGAUCAGGUGUUUUUGGGGUUUUUUGCAUUGGCAUUAUGCUACUUUACUUAAAUUAUACAUCAGAGAACUUAAAUUUUGUGUUAAUAAAGGCACAAUCCGUGAGGUGGGACAGCUGUAGUCUGUUCAAGUUGAAAGGCUCAAUUCUGUUAAAUGUGAAAUUUAACAGAAUGGAUCUUGAUUUUCAUAGUCUUCAAGAAGAAGAUUGAAGUUUGAAAUUGUAUUUGUUCCCUUCUUCACUCACCCUUCUUCCUGUCUUUGGGACGUGGCUCAGAGAGAAGUUAACAUUUUGCUAGUUUUGCUAGAACAUUUCUUGAACCAAGCUUUGUAAACUGAUUCUCUUUCUGCUUCCUUUACAUAACACCUUCACUUAAUUUCCUUUUUUACUCCCAGAGUGAUUUCCAUGGCUGUGGCUGAGUAGAAUUUAAAUUUUCAAAAAAAAAAUUUAAAAUUAGAUUGUUUUCUAAUGGAAACGUUAUGAUGUACAGUGUAAGAUUUUUUUUCUUAAAAAAAAAAAGGCUGUUGAAGAUGGACGAAAAGUGGAUUGAUAGAAAGUAUAAGAUGCUCGCUAUUCAUGUUAUCAUAGAUUAAACAAAUCCUGCUAUGUACAAACAUCCAACUGGUCAUCCACUGUGGUAACAGGCAUAGUUUGGGGCAUAAUUGGCUUUAAAUGUAAAGAAAAAAAAAAGAAAAAAAAUCAGUUUGCAAUUUCUGUUUUUGUUUGUGUUCUUUUCGAGUUUAUUUGGAGUGUAUACAAUCAAUAACAAGACAAAACAUUUGCAUAUGGAAAAUCUUAGACAUAUGGAAGAAUAAGAUCGAUUAACGUUUCUGGUCCCAGCUCUAUUUACAAGAACAAAACCCAGAGGUCAUUUCUGUGACUCAUCUAUGUGCUGCUGCUUCUAGUAAGGAAACUGCAGUGUUUUUGAAACAUGUGUAGAUGAAUGCAUUUGUAAAUAAAUUCACCCAAUUAUUUUGGCAGUUGUAAUUGUAUGGCAGUUGAAAUCUUAAACAUCACAACAAUCAAGGACUUAUAGCAAAAACCUGCUUGAUGUGUAAAACAUGAAAAAUGCAUGUGACAAGGAACAUUAAAGAUAUUGGCAUACAUGGACAUAUGUAAAAGAAAUGGCUUAAAGUGGAAGUAAUAUUGAAAACUGAAUUUAUUCAGCUUACACAGAAUUGAUUUGCAUAAGGUUUAAAUUAGAUAAAGAGUAACUAUAAAAAAAUUAUAUAUAUUUUUUUUACAAUAUGUUUUUAAAAGAGGAUUUUCAGUACUCUUCAAAGCAGUUACAGGUAGCUAAUAUAUUUCUUAAUAAGCAGAUUUGUUUUUCCAGAAGGCUGAAGCUACCAGACACUCUGACUGGAGUCUAAGAAAGGGGUUUAUGCCAUGUUAAAAUUAUUAAAAUACCAUUUUUGCAGUAAAUGAGCAAAAGGUUUCCAGCCAGAGCAACAAUCUGUUACAGUCAAAAAAGUACAACAGCGAUGUAUAGGUACAGCAAUUCAAAUUUUGCAAUUGUAACAAUUCAAAUUAACACGAUCGUUAUCUUUAAUGCCGCCUUACUUCAUCAACACAUGGUUUCUUUAGACAGACAUACUUCACAGUCAAUAUUUUGCUGUGGUUUGAAUGUUUCUGUAUUACGUUAUUUCACCUUUUCACUAAUUUGCAACCCAUGUUAUACCCAGAGACAGUACAAGUGGUAAUAAUAUUAUCAGUCACAUAACCACAUUUUCUCACAAUGCUACAUUUGUAAGAUUGUUCCAAAAUCUUGGCAUUAAAUGAUUAAAAUGAUUAAAAAUAAUCAUCUAAUGUGAACAUGUUAAUAAACCAUGAGCAUCUUGCAUUUUCAAAAUAUGAGUCGUUUUGAGAAGGCAGAGCUCUCGUACAAACAGUUAACGUCAGUCUUGGGGAAAAACAAAUCUGUAUGUUUGCAAAAUGGGUUUGCUGACAGAUUACUAGUUAUCAACUGUGGGUAAGACAAUAGCAACAUGCUGUACAGUGUCAACAGAAUUUUU